AUGAAUCCAGAUCCCCUAUACAACACUAUCAACUCUUACAUCGACACUUAUGAUGUUCUUGGUUGCGGAUUUGGCCCUGCGAACCUCGGUAUCGCAGUUGCACUCGCCGAUAAGUGGUCGAUAGACAAGCGCGUCAUUUUCAUAGAAAAACACCCGGAUUUCCGAUGGCACCCAGGAAUGCUCAUUCCUGGAGCUAGAAUGCAAAUAAGCUGCCUGAAGGAUCUGGCGACUCUCCGUAACCCGUGCUCACCAUUCACCUUCCUUUCUUACCUCCACGCCCAGAACCGCUUGAGUGUGUUCAUCAAUCGUGGUUCAACCAUCCCGUCGCGCCGUGAGUUUUCCGACUACCUUGCAUGGGCGGCCCGGGAGGUGACACGCAGGGGAGUCGAAGUCACAUAUGCAGAGGAAGUCAUCGCUAUCUCCAAAGUCCAUGUCGGGGAAGAGGAACGCAUUGAGGUUACGAGUCGCCGAUCGACUUCGGGUGAGCUAAUCGUACGCAGGACAAAGGAUAUAAUUUUGUCUGCCGGUGGCUCUCCUCGGAUUCCACGUGUUUUAUCUUCCCUCCAGCAGCAAAAAUGGACUGAAGAGAGUGUGCUCGAGGUCCCGGUACUACACACCGCAUCAUAUAUAACGUUCAUCCGCCCAGUGCUUUCCAGACUCUCACAGUUGGGCAGGCCACUGAAGAUUGCUAUUGUUGGUGGCGGCCAGAGUGCCGCAGAGUGCCUUAUGGAUGCUUACAAUCGACUGGAAAGUCUUCUACCUGGUGGUCACCAGGUCGAUAUGGUCAUUCGCAAAGGUUCUCUGAAGCCGAGUGACGACAGCCCAUUCGUAAACGAAAUUUUUGAUCCUUCUUCUACGGAUGAGUGGUACAACCUCUCGACGGACCGCCUGCGAGGCCAAAUCUUGUCCGAAUACAAGAAUACGAACUACAGCGUUGUGAACCCGAAGAGCCUUGAUAACUUAUACGAGCUCAUUUACGAACAGAGGCUAUCGGAGAGCAUUGCUUCCCGUGAUUGCUCCGGUGCAUCUGAUAUGAACGUCCGUAUCAAUCUCCGCCAUAACGAGAACGUCGUCGGCGCGACCAUUGCCUCGCUAGGUGUUGACCACUCUCCACGACAAAUCACUCUUGUUCGCCAAAACACUCGAACACAUGAGCUGGUAGAAGAUGUAUAUGACGCCAUCAUCUGCGGGACCGGCUAUGAGCGCACUGCUUGGAUGAAUUUCCUUCGUAGAUCAAAUCUCGCCAAGGACUAUGGACUCGCAGGGAUAACGGACGAUACUCCCGUGAAGCUCGUUCCUGCUCACUGCACUUUUGCCCCUGAGGCAGAGAGCGAGUUUUCAUCUUUUGAUAGUCGUCAUACCAGUCAGCACGAGCAAGAUCCGAUACAGUCGCCAGUUACAGGUAGCACCAGUUCUUCGAGCACACCGCCGUCUUCUCCAAGUCUGUCGUGCUCGUCGCAAUCGCUGUCUACACCGGUGCAAAUCCGCAUUUCUAGAGCAUAUAGACUGCUACCCGUCUCGUCUGUUCAGGGAAAGCGCGGACGCAUAUACGUACAAGGUUGUGCAGAGGCAACUCAUGGUCUUAGCGACACACUUCUGAGCGUCAUAGGAGUAAGAUCGGGUGAGGUCGUGGAUGACUUGCUUGCCGAAGAAAAAGAAAAUUAA